CAACGAUGACGUAGCUCAUGGUGUCAACAGGAUGAGCUAUAAACAGCCUGUAACUCAGGCAACUCCACACUAAUUGAACAUUCUUUUUAUAUCUAACUUCUAUUCAAAUUGUAAAUGUAGAGACAGCCCUGGGUGUAGCUAUGAAAUUGCUAUUUCUUGCAUGCCUCAGUCCAAAAACGGGAAACUGUACCACAGCCGAGAGAAUAAGGGCACACAUUGAGUCAGCGGGUCACACCUGUGAGCUUCGAGAUGCUGCGGAUUUCAAGUCAUCGGCAGAGGUGGCCAGUUUGAUAGAACAGAAGCCACCCUUCGAGGGUGCUAUUGCCAUUCACCUGUUCAAAGGAGGCAGGCUCCUUCUAGGUGAAGCUACAGUACCUUCAGAAAAUACUCAAGUGCCCUUUGGAGUAGUCUUCGGAGGAACAGACAUUAAUGAAGAUGUGAAAGUGGAGCAGAAGCGUGCAGUUAUGGAGCAGGUGUUGCUGAAAGCCAGAUUUGCUGUUGCAUUUACUGACAAGCUGAAAGCAGAGGCUGAAGUAUUUCUGCUGUCCCAAAGCAGCAAAAUCUACGUCCAGCCUCAAGGGAUCAAGACUGAGGCGGCUCAGAGUUUCUGCUGGAGUGAAUUUCUAAGGCGCUCAGGUGUGAGUGGGGAGGAUGUGGAGGACCUGCAUGUGUUCCUACUAGUCUGUGGCCUGAGGAGAGUGAAGGAUCCUCUCUAUCUGCUGGAGGCAUUCUCAGAGUGGCACACUGAGAAUCCCCUGGUAGUGCUCAUCAUCAUCGGGCCUAAGAUUGAUCCUGUGUUUACUGAAGAAGUAGAAGCAAUCAGUAAAAGGUCAGCAGGGGUUUACCUGGCCCAGGAGAGAAGCCAAGAGGAGCUCCAUGCUGCUAUGAGGAGGUCAGCUGCCCUGGUUAACAGUUCAGUCUCCGAGGGGAUGUCCGCUGCCAUUUUAGAGGCAAUGGAUCUGGAGGUACCGGUGGUGGCUCGUGACAUCCCAGGCAACACAGCGGUGGUGCAACAUGAGGUCACUGGUCUGCUCUACUCGUCCCCUCAGGAAUUUGUGCGUGUAUCUCAGAGGCUGCUGGUAGAUGGAGAGCUGCGGGAGCGUGUGGUGGCGAACGGGAAGCGCUACGUUGAGGAGCACCACAGCCUGGACCAUGAGAGGGAGGCCUACCAGAGGCUGGUGGACACACUGCACUAAGGCUGCACAGAAUAACCAGGUCCUCUGUCUCAACCUUACUUUCUCUCAGGAACAACUCCAAGGGCUCUAUUCAAUCUGUAUACGAUUCAUCGAUACAGAUUGAAUAGAGCCCUAAGUUAGUGACACAGACGGAACUACACAAGCAGAAGAUACAAAUCCAGAUCCAAUUUGGGUUAGUGCUAUCCUGGAUCCUUGGGACAUACCUACCCUAACUUUAACCGUUACCUAGCCAUAACAUUUACCCUAACCUUAACCCUUACCUUAAAGAGCCACUGAACACGCCGAUUGGCACAUGUUUUUCUGUUGCUCAUUAGAAAAACAAGAUUUCAGUCUUGGAGGUAUGUUUCCUGACCGAUUCAGUUUGGUUAAUGAUCCUCGUCCCUCAUGAGACAUUUCCUCAAAAUCCCCAGAAUGAAUCUAAGAUAACUCCAGAAAUCUUUCAUUCAUUUUGACGUUUUUUUCCAAGGAUGUUUUAGUUGUGCAAUUUUACAUCUAACUAAGGUGUUUGGUGCAGUCUUAAAUAAAAAAUAAAAUGGGCAAUGUGUUGUCUCAUGUAAACAAAGUCGGAGCCGCUGGGCAGGUCUGUCUCACUGUCUAUGCUAUUGGAUAGAGAGCAUUCGCCGUAGCAGUUCAACCUAAUAUUAAUGGAAAAAUGGGCAUCGUCAAAUCAAAACCCAACCUCCAACCGUUUUGAUGCACGGAUGUUCCAGACGUUGUUUUAGACGAGACUGACCUAAUGGCCAAAAUGAUCCUAUUUAUUAUUUUUAUUUGAUUUUGACACUAGAAUAACUGCU